AUGGCGAACGCCAACGUCUCCAUACCCAUGAAGUUGGACGCCUUCGUCUUCAACCAGGAUGUCUGCGACGGUGGUGAGUUCGAUGCCAAAAUAGCACCCAUUACCCAGCCGAAUUACACGUUUCUUCGUACCACAGACUACCUGCUGCAAAACGACCUGCUGGAUCCCGUCGACCUAGCCAACGCAACGCCGCAUGACCGUAAUAUGCGUCUCACAGAUCUAGGAACAGGAAAGAUUCGUGAGAAGCGCCUUGGUGUAUACCUCCACUGGAUUCUUCCCCGCUUAUAUCGAUCGGGCAGCGCCGCCACCCCGUCUGCGGCCUCCCGAGGGUCUUCGACAGCCACAGCGCUCGAUCCGACAGCUCCUCAAUUUCGUCCGGUGCCCACCCGGUGGCUCGUGAUCCGGAAGCUGGAUGCUAGUACGAUAAAGCCUGUCAGUGCGGUGGGAUUGGUUGAUUUAGUUGAAGGUUGGGUCGUGGAGAGCGAUCGGGUCAGAGAGAUCGACAAGUUGGCUGAAGGUGUCGACCUCCAAGUCGAUGUAUCUCCUUAUAUCCUCUCAUCCUCUCACAAGGCGGUCACUACCGAUCCGAAACUCCUCGGGAAACAAGCCGAGAUCUUCAUUGGGUACAAGGAAUCAGCGGAAACGUGGGCCGAGUCCGGCUCGGCUCAGGACCGAAUCGACCUGAACUUGCUCAACAGUUCAAAUCAGUUGUUCCCUGAUUACCAGCCUCAUAAUUCCAAUGUCUUCUCUGUGUUAGAUACCUUUAAAUACAGGGACAAGGACGGGUCAUGCAAGGCGCUCACGGACGCUGUUGCAAGCUAUUAUGUCCUCGGCUGGCAUGACAACACCAGUGAUGAUCCAUUCACUUUGAAGGGAGAGAAAAGAACAAAACGCCUUUCCGACCUGAAUGCCAUCCUUCAUGACAUGGCAGAUCUCGAUUCCUGGCUGAACGACACCACCGACACGCACUCCAUUUGCCACGGCGCCAUGUAUGAAGUGGAGUGGCAUAGCCGUUGGAAGAAUGGCGACGACACUAGCAAUACACCGCGCAACCUUCCUGCCAACUCUUUCACCGAGAAGUUGAAGUGCAAGAUGCCCAUUGCGGUGGGUACGACGCCCAUGGACAGCGUCCUAGCCUACAUCCACGCGAAUCACGAGGAGGAACUGGAAAACGAUAUCUUCCGUAUCGAGACGCUUCUACGUGCCCAGAGUGACAGUGUAACGGGCCAACAAGCGGGUGAGGACGAGGUUCAGAACUAUAAUUUUGCCACGUCCGGCGGUGGCGCCUUCUACGUGCUCCCUGUGGAGAAGGACAGGCCUGCCCAAACACCAUCGGAUGAGGACCAACUGCACCUAAAACUAGCAAACCAAGCGCAGGCAUUGGUGAACGCAGGCGAGCGAGCGCUUCAAAAAACGCAGAAGGGGCUAUUUUCGUUAUGGUGGAAGUAUCAGACGGACCGGGACAGAGCUCAAGCAGUUGACAGCUACCAAACGGACGCCAGGAAUCUGACCUCGGAAUACGAAAGCUUGAACAAAAUGUUAGCGACGCAGAGAACAGCGGUUUCCACAGAGAUUGGGAAAUUGUCAAUAACCCCAAAGACGGCCACACUGAAUGAGUUCACGCUGGCGAAAGAUCCUAGCCUUCUCGUGGCUGGAGCGGCAUCAGGUUGGCCCGAAGACUUCUUAAAAGCUCUAAUGUGCCGACUGGACUACCAAAUCGAUACCUUUGGUCAACCUUUAGAUCCCGAAUUCAAGAAGAAGUACUUCAUUGGUUGUAUUCCAUCAGACCUGCAGCCGACUGCUCUGGCUCUCGUUCAAGAGUUCCUUGAUAACACGCCAUCCAGGUUUGAGGAUCAGACCACGAGACGGGAGUCAGUGACUGGAGACGAGUACAAGACCUAUCGGCCGCUCUACCACGACCAUGGCGAUCCGGAUGUCCAGCACCUCUUGGGCGCACCGUGGCGUGAUCGUUGGACGAGUACGCAGCCGUGGUUCCCACUGUUUCUCGAGUGGCAAGCGGAGUUCCACCACAUCGAGUUCGACAAGUGGCAACUAGAGCAGACCACAUCGCGAAUAGAGAGCCAGACCAAGUUUCGUCAUGGUAUCAAACCGGACAAGACACCUCUGUGGGAGGAUACUGAUGUGGGAGAUGAUAUUUGCACGCUAUCCGGCCGGAUCCUUAUCCUCCCUCAGCCUACCUUCUCGCUUCAGGCCCAGAUCGAUCAGCUCUUCAGUAGUACCAACCCAGACCUCCUCGAUAAGUACCUCUGUCUGGAGGACAGGAAUGCCUUGCAGGCGGGCGUCUCUUCGUUGGCGCUGCUGUCGGCGCCGCUAAGUGGUUUCGUCAAUCAGCUCUCUACUACGCUGCAAGGAAACCAUCUGAAGCCGAAUAUCAGAUUUCCUGGGCAAUCCCCGGAGCCCAUAGCGGCUGCAUGGGCCGAGAGUAGUGCAGUUGGACUGGAGGAAAAGCAGCUAGGCUACAUCGGAAUCCAGUCGGAUGUGACACCAUAUGGAAGCCUGGUAGGCGUUCCUCCGAACGGAUACUCUGCUUUCAAGCCCGCUACGCACGGCCAGUUCUGCUUCACGAGGCUCAACAUCGUCGAUAAGUUUGGACAAUGCGCGCCGGCUAUCGAGAGGGAAACUGACACGGGUAUAAUACCGUCUAUCUACCCUUGUCUGAGUGACUAUGUGGCACCACAGAACUUUGGUGAAUACGCCAACGUCGCACGGAAGCCCGCCAAGACCAGUGUCUGCGAGUUCGCCCAGAUCCCACCUCAGAUUAACCAACCUACUCGGUUGAACGCCGUCUUCGUCAAGCCGGAUGAGGAUGCAUCCAAGGCCGCCGGGCCUGCAUACUGGCGGCCGGUGCGGGCGUGGGACUCACCCAUCUGGGGCUGGAUCGUGGUCAACUACGUGGACAACGGUAUCCAGUUCUUCUUACAGGACGGCACCUUCUACCGCGAGGCACGCGGCGCCUCGCCCGAUAAUCCGCGCCCCGUAUCGAAAUCUCAACGGUGGAAACCCUUUGGUCGUGGCGCCUCCACGCCCAACACGUACCAAAUCGAUCGGCUCAUCGACCAGUUCACCGAAGAUGAGGCUGGCCAGAAGUUUCUAGAUCACUUCAUCAGUAUGUGCACCGACUCUGUUAAUCAGAGCCAUCCAGCACCCAGCUCGUAUGGUAGGUUUGUCAAUGCGCUGGUGGGCAAGCCUCUCGCCCUCGUCAACGUAGGUUGUACGCUGGAGAUGGCCAGUGACGCGCAGGCCAACCAGUCCACGGCCAAGGGCCAGCCGGAUGCGCAAACGAAGUACCACUUACUUCCACAAUCCGAUGACGACCCAAAUCAAUACCAGUUCGCGUUAAAACUCGGGGACCAUAACCGCUUGUAUGAUGGGCUAGUGGGCUACUUCAAGGCCUUUGAGAACCCGUGGAAGCAGGAUCCACCCUUGGGAAACGAGCUUGACCUGAGCACACUAUACACUACCUACGGGGACAUCAAAGAGGACUCACGUGUCAAAUCGAUCGAUGAGAGCACAUUUCCAAAGCUCAAGGCCUUCUACACGGACCCCCGCCAGUAUGUGGACCUCAACGACCCAGCGCCACAGUUCCAGGCGGCCUACAACGCCAAUCUCAACCGCUCCGUCUAUGGAUGCAUUGUUGACCCGUUUCUGCCGCUUCAUACUUACAUGGGGGGCGGCAUUGCUCCUGUUCAGCCUCUACAGCUACCAGACUGGACGUGGAAGUCAGCCCUGGACAAGAUGACAGCCUUCUUCCAUUUUGGGCCCCUGGUGGUGACCGACGACGUGCCUGGGUACAAAAGCGAUUACGACUUGCCCAGCGACUACGCGAGCAAAUGGGAGCAGUUGACGGUGCCGAACUUCACGCUUCCACUGCCGUCGCUCAAGGUGGCGGACUGGCGGUGGCUACAAGGCUAUCCCCCGGGCAAGCCGGCCCCUGAACCGCCAGAGACAAGUGAGGUGGUAGCACAACAAGACGACCAGGAGGAGAAAUUCAUGGCGUUGGCACUGGGUAAACUUGACGCCACACCGCGGUUUCAGCCGGGACCGUACACAGCUGUUGAGGGGUAUCUGCAAAUGAAGGCACCCAUCGAGAUCAACGGUGGAAGGAAGGCUGAGUAA